AUGGCAUCGGAAAUUUUGGCUAGUUCUGGAACCGAAAUUAGAGAAAAUUUGGUGACUACCGCCGUGAAGUUCCUCUCGAACCCCAGCGUGCAACGCUGCACCCUGGAGAGCAAGGAGCGUUUCCUGCGCGGCAAGGGUCUGACGGACCUCGAGAUCCAGAAGGCGGUGGAGAGGUGCGGCGAGCUGGUGGACCUGCCCUCUAUCGCUUCUGAGUUGAUGUUCUCAGGCCACUCGAGGAGGUCCUGGUUCCGGGAGAGCGUGCUGCCCGUAAUAGUAUACGGGGGAUUCGUGUAUGGAUGCUACUGGUUUUAUAAGAACUGCGUCAGGCACCUGAUAUUCGUCGAGGAGCCGAAACGCAAGAGCACAGCGGACUGCGUGGACGAGCUGCGCCGCUCGCUGGACGUGUUGAACGCCAGCGUCAGCUCCCUCCGCGCCGAGAUCCAGUCGAGCUCUAGCCAGAGCGCGUUACGCUUCCAGCUGGACAACCUGAAGACUGACAUCGCUUCCGUCAAAGGCAUCCUGCUCAAUAGGAACCAGUUCCCCGCGCUCAAGGGGCGCACCGAGCCGCCGUCGAUCCCCGCCUGGCAGCGCCACUCGGUCGAGGCCACCUCGACGGAGGCGGCGGAAGAGGAGAAGAAGAAACCCCACAGGAGUCGCAGCCAGCGCUCGGAGAGCGGCGGCUCCAACUCCAGCGAGGGGGAACAGGCCACGAAGAACAGCGACAGCAGCCUCGAGAUCAUCACA